GGUGUUGUCAUGUAUACAACAGUUGGCAUAAGUGUGUAAUAAAAGUGAUCAACAAUCUCUGAAAUAGCAGAAACAAUGAAUGCAAUAUAUCAAUAAAUUGUUUAAAAUGAUGGACGUGCGGGACAGAAUUGUGCAGUGAAAUAAAAUAAUGAAGUGUAGUGAUGUUGUUUACGAUGUGUUGGUUGCGUAAAGCUCGUAUGAGCGUUUGAAGUGGAAAAACUGAUGCUAUUUUGACUUAUUUCUAUUAGAAUACAUCAUGCCUACUUUAGUCGGAGUUGCCGAAUUUGUAAAGGAAACUAAAGAUGAUUAUCAUUCCCCAAUUACUUCAAGUUUUGUGUCUAGAAUGGCACAAUUCAAAAAUACCAUUGCAACACUGGAAGAGACUUUGGAUUACGACCGCGAUGGACUAACAAAAAUGAAAAAGGCUAUUAAAGCCAUCCACACAUCUGGAAACACCCACGUAGAAAACGAGAUGUAUUUGAGUAAAGCGCUGGAGAAAUUGGGGAAUAAGGAUCACGAAGAUGUAAUCGGAGAAGCUUUCGAAAAAUUUUCCGUCGUAACUAAUCAAUUGUCUCUUUUGAAGAAGACGUUGAUGCAAAAUUUGAAUAAUAUUGUUAUGUUUCCUUUAGAUAAUUUAUUAAAGGGGGAUUUGAGGGGUAUUAAAGGUGAUUUAAAGCGGCCGUUUGAUAAGGCGGCGAAGGAUUAUGAUAGUAAAUACGCCAAAAUAGAAAAAGAGAAAAAGCAACAAGCCAAAGAAGCGGGUCUAAUUAGAUCAGAAAUUACAGCAGCAGAAAUAGCCGACGAAAUGGAAAAAGAACGAAGACUAUUUCAAUUGCAAAUGUGUGAAUAUCUAAUCAAAUAUAACGAAAUUAAAACAAAAAAGGGUAUAGAUUUGCUCCAAAAUUUAGUCGAAUAUUACCAUGCUCAAACCAAUUAUUUUCAAGAUGGCUUGAAAACUAUCGAACAUUUUGGAUUUUACGUAGCGGACCUUAGUAUUAAAUUACAGAAAAUCAAGCAAGUGCAGGACGACGAGAAACGAAAAUUGACAGACCUAAGAAAUUUAAUUAAGUCAACGCCGAGUAUUGAAAAGGAAGUAAGUUUGCCGGUUGAUAAAGGAGCUGCAGGUUAUUCGUUACACCAGCUCCAAGGUGAUAAGCAUCACGGGGUUACGCGAAGUGGACAUCUCCUUAAGAAAUCCGAAGGAAAAAUGCGACGAGUUUGGCAAAAAAGAAAAUGUAGAGUGCAAGCUGAAGGUUAUUUAGAAAUCUGCCACGCCGAUGAAAGUAAACCACCCACCAAAGUGAACUUGCUCACCUGCCAAAUUAAAGUAGUGCCUGACGACAAACGAGGCUUUGAUUUAAUUUCGUAUAAUCGGACUUAUCAUUUUCAAGCGGAAGAUGAAGCGGAUCAACACGCCUGGAUGUCCGUGUUAAUUAAUUGUAAAGAAAUGGCUUUAAUGAAAGCUUUUGAUAAUAGCGGUAAAACGGGGAGUGAUAAGGUUAAUCAUAGUUUAAUCGAAUUGCAACAGGCUAUCAUACGCUAUAUACAGAAGAUUCCAGGAAAUGACAGAUGUUGCGAUUGUAACUCGCAAAAUGACGCCACAUGGUUAUCAACAAAUUUCGGUAUUAUUGUUUGCAUUGAGUGCUCAGGCAUACACAGGGACUUGGGUGUACAUAUUUCCAGGAUUCAAUCUUUAACGCUCGACAAUGUUGGAACUAGUCAAUUGGUACUCGCCAGAUUUAUGACAAAUCAUAGUUUUAAUGAUAUUAUGGAAGCUCAGUUAUCACCAAAUGAUAAACUCGAACCGUCCAGUUCUAUGGAAGAAAGACUUAAUUUUAUUAGAGCAAAAUACGUAGACAAACAAUUCGCUGAAAAAAUGUACGAAAACGAACUAGAUAAAAUUUACGAAUUGGAAGAAGCUGUUAAUAAAGGUGAUCUAGCGACGCUUCUUCAAACGUGGGCGGAAAACGUCGAUUUUACCUCACCGUUACCUUCUUCAAAAAAUGGCGAAACGGCGUUGCAUCGAGCGAUAUUAAACGAAGCGGGAAGGACGUUGCAUAUAGUAGAUUUUCUCAUUCAGAAUAUGUCCAGUUCAGCAAUUGAUAAAACAACGAAUCCCCCUCCAGGUUUGGAAAAUUGUGGAUCAAAUACGGCUUUGCAUCUUUGUGCCAUUUACGAUAAAGUAGAGUGUAUGAAGCUUCUCUUGAGAAGUGGUGCUAAUGCAAACCUCAAAAAUUCUCAGAACAAAACCCCUAUGGAUAUUGCUCAAGAGUUGGGCCACCAUACGUGCGAAGAUCUGCUUGUCAACGCCGCCAACAGGCAAAAAAGCUUUUUUGAUAACAUCAACAUCGAUUGGAACUUGUCCCAUGAUGAUGGUUCAACAGACUUUUCGGAUGACGAAACAAUAAUAGAGGAUAGAAAUGGUUCUUUAACACCAGAAAAGAAAAACCGUUCCCGCCCACCGAGUUACACCGGGGGUGAUUCCCCGGUAACGCUGCGUUCGCGAUCGUCCACUUGUGACAGUCUACAAUUAGGAAGUAGUCCAAAUAGUAACAAUAGGCAAAUGCCGCCUCCACCACCUCCACAAUCCCGAAAGCCAGAAUUGUUAGUCCAUGCCAGUUUAAAGAAACGAGUGGCUCCUUUACCACCACCUCCAAACUCCAUGCAACUGCAGUAUGGGACUUUACCAAGUAGUCAUAGUCGAACACCAUCAGAUCCUAUAGCUGCAGGGUACCACACUUUAAGUCAUACCCAUAAGCGUUCACCGAGCAGUGAUUCAAGCUCAGGUAGAUCUGUGAUACCUAUAGGAAAUAAACUAGUCAUAUCUUCAGAUUGUAAGAGUUCUGAUAAACUUGGAAUGGUGCGGAGGCCCCAGAAUCCUCCACCGCCAGCACCUAAUCCAUCAAAUCGUCUUUCAAACGGUCGCUCAACGGAAAGUAUUUCAUCAAUGGCGUCUGAUAUUGAUGUACCAGGGUCGGGUCAUAAUCCCAUACCGCCACCAAGAAGGGCGUCAGAUUCUCCUCCUCACAAAGUAUCGUCUAGUCCAAUCUCUACUGGAUCUCUUUGCUCGCCACGCUCAAUGAUGACCGGAAGAUUACCAUAUACACCAAAUGGGAGCAAUGGACUAAAGAGAUGUAGAGCUUUAUAUAACUGCAGUGCAGAUAAUGACGAUGAAUUAUCCUUUAGUGAGGGAGAAAUUAUUAUUGUUAUAAAUGAACACACUGACGACGAAAAUUGGAUGGAAGGAAUGGUCGAAAAUGAACCCGAAAGAAAGGGAAUGUUCCCUGUAAGUUUUGUUCACAGGCUACCAGAUUAGUAGUUGCUGACUUGAAUUAUUUUAAAAGAUAUUUUAUUGAGUAUAUGGUUUAACAAGUGUUUCAAAAAUUUGUUGAAUAUUUUAUGAAACUUUAAGAUUCUUUUUAAUAUACGUUGGCUCGGAAUAACAAACUUGUGUCCGCGAUUUUUGAUGAGAUAAUUACUCUUAUAGCUGUUUGAUGUAAGAGUAAAAAUUGCUUGAAACAAUUUUUGCGGCCGAGUAUGUUUCGACUCGACGUAUUAAAGGUUGUAUCAAAAUUGUUUGUAAGCCAUAUUUGUCGUGUAGAGUUACAAUCUAGUUUCUGCCAUAAUUUCUGUAUUUAUUAUUUUUUAAUCAUUAAAUUUGUAUUUAUUUAAUGACAUUACAUGGUUCAGUGUAUAUAUAAUUUAUAAUUGUUGUGAGCCUGGAAAUGUUUUGUUCCUCAGAAUAUUAAAUUUGACUGAUGUACCUAUUUGUCACUUGCUUGAUUACAUUAUAAAAGCAUGUUUGUGUAUAUAAAGUCAUAUUUUUGUAGAAAAAUUAAUUUAUACAAGUGAUCGCCUGUUAGAAUUCUUAAACCAAAGAAAAAUCUAUUGUUCUUAUGCAGAUGUAGUAUAUAUAGCUAUGAAUAUAUAAAUUGCCAGUGUACAUAUAAGAUAACUAAGAUGUGUAUUAUUAGGUAAAUGAGAUAUUUAUUUAUUUCGCAAAUUUGCGGUAAGCACAAUAUUCAUUUUCAAUUGAUUUACCAUUUUAAUAUUUAUGCACAAUUUUAUUUUGUAUUGUUUAGUAAAAAUACCAAAACUACUUUUUUAUAUUAACUGUAUUUUAUUUACAGUAUUGUUUGGGCACAAACAUGCUAUUGACAUUUUAAUGGCUUUUGAUGUACGUAAUAUAUUUCCUGUAACUAAUAAUUAGCCAGAAUGUAUUGUAGAUACUGUCAAGUAUUGAAUACAAUUUUAUUAAAUACUCAGUAUACCAUCAUUGAUUGUUCAAAUAAAUUCGCCAGGUCUUCUUCAGAUUGUUCCCUUGGUGCCAUCUUGGUAAUGCGACUCUGAAAAUGUCACUUUGUUAAAUUAAUAAGUUCGUAACAAUGUACUUUUUUUUAAUAAGUAAGCAUAACAUAGAAUAAGACUUAAUAGGUUAAAAAACCAGUGUUCACCAGAAAGACUACUUGUCUGAAUAAAACAUUAGAUUAUU